GCUUAGUGGGAGGGGUUGGUGCCAUGGAUGUAUAAAGAGCAUUGGGAGGGGUGCAAAACCUAAAACAGACAAGACACUUCCUGAUAGUUUUUUUCUCCAUGCUGGACUAAUCAAAGAGCAAUCUCCUACAAUUUAAGAGCUCAGCUGAAGCGCUCCAGCAUCUUGAGGAUGGCUCUAUCCGGCUCUGAGACCAUGGACCAGGACGGAGAGGAGGAGACCUUCAUCCUCCGGGCGGUGAGGAUCGGAUCCGUGGUGGCGCUCUACUGGUUCGUCUCCAUAACGAUGGUGUUCCUCAACAACUACCUGCUGGACAACCAGGACCUGGACGCGCCGCUGUUCGUCACCUUCUACCAGUGCGUGGUGACGGUGGUACUCUGCUGGCUGAUGCAGCUGCUGUCCAGACUCUGUCCGGGACUCAUCGACUUCCCCUCGGUCCGGUUCGACCUGAAGACGUCCCGGGAGGUGCUGCCGCUGUCCAUCGUCUUCAUCAGCAUGAUCACCUUCAACAACCUGUGUCUGAAGUACGUCGGAGUGGCUUUCUACACGGUGGGCCGGUCGCUGAGCACCGUGUUCAACGUGCUGCUGUCCUACGUCAUCCUGAAACAGACCACGUCGCUGAGAGCCAUCCUGUGCUGCGGGAUCAUACUAGGUGGAUUCUGGCUCGGUGUGGACCAGGAAGGCAUGACGGGGUCCCUUUCCUGGACAGGCGUCUUUUUUGGCGUGUUGGCCAGCGCUUGUGUCUCUCUGAACGCAAUCUUCACCAAGAAGGUGAUGCCAGCGGUGGACGGAAACAUCUGGAAACUGUCCUACUACAACAACGUGAACGCCUGCGUCCUCUUCCUCCCGCUCAUUAUCGUGUUUGGAGAUCUGGGCCGUCUCGCCAGCUUCAACCACAUCGCCGAUCUCGGAUUUUGGGGCAUGAUGACGCUCGGAGGAGUGUUCGGUUUCGCCAUCGGCUACGUCACGGGCCUCCAGAUCAAGUUUACCAGUCCGCUCACGCACAACGUCUCGGGGACAGCAAAGGCCUGUGCGCAGACUGUUAUUGCGGUGGUGUACCAUUCUGACACUAAAAGCCUGCUGUGGUGGACCAGUAACAUGCUGGUUCUCAGUGGCUCGUCAGCCUACACGUGGGUCAAGAGUCUAGAAAUGAAGAAGGCUCCCCACAGAGAGCCUCAGGACUCAGCCAAGGAGAAGCUGCUGCCAGGGGAGAAAGGUGACAUGGGAGUGUAACCGUAGUAACUGGGCUGAGAAACCUUCAGCUUUUAUCUAUGUGGUGUGAGAAUGUAAAAUAAUGUAACAUUUAGGUUAUGACUGAUUGAAGUGAUGCUCACAUGGAAUCUGUGAUUUUGGUUAAUAGUCGUGUGGUUUUCUACAGUUUGACUUGAGGCCUAAACGAAUUUGUAUAUAUAUUUUAUUUAAAGCUAUUCACAUGCAUUGGGGCCUUUUUUAGAAUUAUUUUUAAAUGAACUGAGAAAUGUAAUAAUGUGUCUUUUAUGGUCCAAAGUGAAGGGAAAAAAAUCAUGUUUUUAUUCAUAGGGAGGAUAUAUUUACUCAGAUUGAGGGUAUCGGCGUCACAGCGAAAUGGUAACUUUUUACACCUGUUGUUUUUAAAUAUGAUUCUAAAAUUUGUAUGUGAAACAUACAAGUGUGUGUCACUAUGUUAAGAGUUUUAUCCUCUGGCUAAGAACAUUAUCUGCUUUCUAAUGUGAACAAAGCCAAGACAGGAGGAUCUGUAAUAUCCUGCAGUUAGGUAACCUAACCUAAGUAAUCAAAACCCCUUGUGUCAAUGGGACUGACAUACAGUAGGCCUUUUGUCUCCAAAGAAAACACUCCUUCUGCAUUUGAAACUGUUGCAGUCAUAAACUUGUACAUCAUUUGCUACGGCACGCACUGUUUCUGAGCUGGUCAAAUUUUAAAUUGUAAACUCAGGCGAUGGCGUACGGUCUUGAAAAUAUAUUUGCAUUUCAGCAAUAUGUACUCAAAGGUCACUCACGUGUUUGUACAUUUACACGUGUCAGUAUCUUUUACGUGUCACAGCAAUGUACAAUUGCACCAUUGAGAUGUGUUUGUUUGCACAUGUCAUCCACUCUUAACUUAAGGUGUGAAAUACCAGGUACGCCUUUACCAGCCUGAAAAUGCCGUUGUCUGUCUUCAAAACCGGCUUUUUAAAAAUGUCUUUGAAUCGCUGUAACAUUUGAACUUAACAAAAGCAGAGCCAAGGAGCUUAUUUAAAAGAAAAAAAAAAAUUAAAGAUGGUGUACAAUUCAACUGUUUUCAAGUUUUCUUAUUCAUAAUAAGGAACAUUGUGGGUUCUCUGUUAAACAAUGAAAUUGGAGGUUAUUUAUAUUUACACGUGGGCUAUUUUGGCAUUCUUGUCAAAUAAAUACUUUUAUGCA